AUAAAUAUAAAUAAAUAUAAGAAAUGUAUCCCUGAUGAUUUAAAAAUAUUUAAAAUCCUCAAGUUUCAUUUUUAUGAUAGGACGUGAAGGCAUCGUGUCGUCACCGGCGAAGAGUCAUCUGACUCUGCUCAUCUGUCUGAUUUUCCUGAGGCCGUAAUGAUUCUUAUUUUUCCUUCAUACUAAAUACAAGCCGGGAUAUUUUAUAUACCGAUAAAUAAUUCGUUUUCAGUAUGAUUGUUUUUGCCACCGAGAGCCCCGCCACCGCUAACGUGAGCUGGUCGUUCCAAUUGGCUAGGUAGAUGCGCGUUAGUUAGCUCAAGUGUGCGUACCUCAGCAUGAACUGCUCCCUGCUUUGUUGUCGUACCAUCACGCACUUUCAGUGGGAGCUCGGCUUUUGCUCCACGUUGUUUCCACCAAGGGCUUCCAAGCUAUAGUCGUUUCCUACAACACAAAGUACAGAAAUGGAGACGCAGAGUUCAAACCUGACCUGUUCCAUAUGUAUAGAUCGCUUUCGUAACCCUGUCACCAUCCCCUGCGGGCACUCAUUCUGUCAAAAGUGCAUCACAGACCAUCGGGACGCAAAAAGGAACUCUAAUAUUGAACCUCGCUGCCCCAUUUGCAAUGAGAAGAUGGACACCAAGCACAAAUUUAAGUGUAAUGUGGUUUUGUCACAACUGGCUCAAGCUGCAAACAGCACCGGGCCGGCCUACAGAGAGUGUGCGAGUGAAGAAGCCGGAUCAGUGCUAUGUGAUCGCCAUAAAAAGCCUCUGAUUUACUACUGCACACAGGAUAAAAUGGCAGUGUGCUGCCAGUGUGCCAUAUUAGAGUGUGCCAAGCAUCCCAAGGUCCUGUUGGAGACGGAAAAGGAGAACCAAAAGCUGUUACUGCAACAGAAGAAUGAAGCGGUGGGGAAACUCAUUGAAGAAACAGAAGAAAGUAUUAACGUCCUAGCUGAAAACAUCAACAGAGCCAAGGAGACAUUUCAGAAGACAUCCAGUCGGCUCACAGCCAGGUUCUCCACUCUGAUAGACGUCCUGGUUGACCAGCAGAAAGCCACCGAGCACUUCAUCCUGGAGCAAAAAGGGGCGGCCAUCUCCGAGGCACAGGGGCGGCUCGCUGAGCUGGAGGAGAGGUCUCAGAAGCUGAGAGCGAGUCAGGCUCAGAUAUCAGCUCUACACAACCUCCCCGAUACGCAAUUAAUUCAGGAAUCGACACUCAUAGAAGUUCCGUGCCUCAAGAAAAUACCCUCAGACAUAACGCCCAACCUGCAGGAUCGAUUACAUGGCAUCACGGAAGUCCUUACGCGAAUCUCCAAGCUGGUUGUUGAGGACCUUGAUAGAGCUGUCUGCACCGCUGUGGGCCACGACAAAGAAGGUUCUCCUCAGGAGAAGAGGCCCAUUCUUGCUGUGGUUCCCAGUUCAGCUGCUGCAUGCCACCCUGGAGGGAAGGAGGGCCUUAGUGCAUACAGAUGCUUGUUGACCUUUGACCCCUACACAGCCAACGGCAACCUGUUUUUGUCCCAAGAGAACCGAAGGGCAGAGCACUUGACCUCCGGGCUGCGUCCUGCCGUAGCGCACGAAGCCCGUUUUGAUCACACCUGGCAGGUAUUGUGUAUCCAGGGCUUCCAGCACGGCCAGCACUACUGGGAGCUGGAGGUGUCCAAACCAUGGGCGUAUCUGGGGGUCACCUACAACACCAUCCCCAGAAAGGAGAAAGGCAAGAGGUGCAUGCUGGGUAUGAACGAGCUAUCCUGGAGUCUGCAGCUGGAUGAGGAACAGCUCAACGCCUGGCACAACGGCCACAAGGAAACCCUGGCCGGACACUCACAGCACAGCCGCAUUGGCGUGCUGCUGGACUACGAUGGCGGGACACUCACCUUCUAUGGAGACCAACACGUCAGGUUGCACGCCUUCCACUGUGCCUUCACCCAGGAGCUCUUCCCCGCCUGCUGGAUAGGGGAGGGCGUCAGCAUCACCUUGUGCUCCACAUGAGACUUUUCAGUGGAUACAUUUUUUAUUUCUGUGUUCUGCUUUGCAAUUUGCUUUUCUUUAAACUGCUUCUUCCAGUCAAGGCAGGCGGAAGCUGGAGCGUGUCCAAACAAAAGACAGGCUCCACCCUGGACUGCCUGUCAGUUGUUACCGACAGUAUGUGCACACCACUGGUGACUGCUCAUAUGGACUCCAUGUUGAGCAUUCAUCUGCUAUUGAGUGAUUGGGUGACACUCUUCUCUUGGCAGCACCAUGGACGGAUGCUAUGGUAAAUCUCCAUAGAAGCUCUGAUUGGAUAAACCGGCAUAAAACGUCACUUCCAGGGAAGCUGAUAUUGUCCUUGAUUUGGGUUUGGACUUUCCCAUGAUGCAAUGCAGCCCAGCACAUUCCAGGGGAGACAAGUCGGAGCAUUUCCGUAGUGAACUCUUAUCUUACAUUGUGUGUCUAUAUGCAUACGUUAUGCCUCAUCUGCCCGGGGCCUUCAAAAUGAGAAGUUGUGGCCCCAUCACAUACACACUACCAGCAAUGGCUAUUUUUGUUUGUUUGUUUUUUUGGCAGGUCCUCAGUUCUGAUUGGUUGAUCACAGAAAAAAGGCGGGCCUCACUACAGCUGUGUUGAUGAGAGUAAUUGACUCUGACAAUGGUUGACUGAGGAGGCGAAAACGAUGUCUCUGGUGAGUAGAUAUUUGUGUUUUUGUCAUGUUAUCAGAUGAUUGCGAAGCGCUCCAUAUGAUAUUGUAGAUGUUUGGACUUGACUUUUUAUCACCACGCCUUUCUGCGUAUGCUUGUUAUUUUGGGUUGUGUGUUAACUUUACAAGCACCUGCGAUCACUUUGAUGCUCAAAGUUGCUUGCAGAAAUGUCAGUCAAGUAUCGGAAGAUGAAGGAUGUGUCUUGCUUCAAUAAUAAGAACACACCUCUUGUGUAGAAGAGACCAGUAUGACACGCCGGCUAUAUUUAGCGAGCGUGGGUGCAUGUCUUGCGUCAUGCAUUUUUUGGUAAUUAAACACAAGCAGUCAAUACAGUAGUGAUGGUAAAGGAGGCGCCAGUGGUUACACGAGAGUCUUGGGAUUCCUUCCACUACUUGAGUCAAAGUGAAAACACUGUUACAGUACUGUUAAAGUAUUACUGGUUAGAAUACUGGUGUUGAAUAUGUUCAUUUAAAUAUGUAUUUUCUUUGAAAUGUACUUUUAUUCUCUGUAAGGGGGAGUGGAACCGAAAAGCAAACCAAGUAAAGGGGUGGUGUCACUUUUACUGAUCUGUUUCUGGUGUUAAUCCUACUUCACAUUUAUAAAAGUACAAGUUGAUAGAGGUGUCCAAAGUGUGACCCGGGGGCCAUCUGCAGCCUAUGGCUGUUUUUUUUAUUGGACAAAAGCAUAUUCUAAAAAAUAUAAAAACUUAAUCAGUAAUUUUAAGUCAAAAUAUUAAGAGGAAAACAUUACAAAGGUGGAAAAAGUCUGGACACCCCAGGCCUAAAGUGAAAGCAAACCUUCCUUUCUAUUCUUUGACAGAUGACAGGACGAAUUGCAGUAUUUCCAAGUAUUAUUAUGACACAAAUAUAUACAAUUACACAUAAAACAAGAUCAGUUGAAUAAAUCUGACAUCAUGCUUUAGUGCUGUGCCAUAAAUGAAAUGUGGAAAUAUUAUGAAGCUUCAUUACACAUUCAGCCAUGCCUGAGCAAGCGGGAGCCCAAAGCAGCCACACACGAUAUCGUACGUGUAACAUAACAUACGGUGUGUAGAUGUUACAUAGCGGCAUAAACGUAACCUCAAACAAAAUAGUUCCAAUCAGGAGACUAUGAUCACUCAUGGUUAUGUCUGGAAUUCCAACGUAGUUCUACGUACAGUACCUGUCACCAAACAGACAAGAUGCCUCCAUCUCUGAGUGUGUUAGAAGUGUUCUCUCGUCAAGACCUAUAUCUUAUUUUCUAAAUAUUUACAAUUACAUGGUAUAAAAAUAAACUUAGUAGAGCUUGUCUCGGGGUAGAUUUAGCAAAGCAGUCCUGGUUGGUUGGUAGUUCUACAAAUUGACAUGCACGUCACAGCAAAGCCAAAUAAAGCUUCACGCCAACAGCUUUAAGACAUGAAAAGGGGGGAGAUUGUUGCUGAACUCUUCAACUUUCUCUGCUGUGUUAAAGCACCCCAAAAGCCAUUACGCUAUGAGAUGAUGUAAUUCAUGUAGGAGUAAGAAUGAAGAGAGCAGUGGGUCUCGGAAGCAGGCGUGCCGUCAGGGAUUUUGGGGGGGCAACAACUAAAAAUACAUUACUGGUAAUGUACCCUGUCUGUCACUAGUAGUAUUGUCUUAAUUUUUCUCCCCUUUUGCGGCGCCCCUACUCGGAAGACAAAAAAAAGUGUGAAUGAUCUUGGGUAAAAUAAGAAGAAGGUCCGCGUGAGGCUGGAAGAUGAGCAGGUCUACUGAUUCUUCUUGUCUUCUGGAGGAGAGUAAGGGGGG